AGCACAGGCAGCUGUGACACACUCGCGCUCAAGAGGCGGUCGAGGUGGCCGCUUGCAUCCUGGAUCAACAACAGCAGUGCCGCCGCAUUACUGAACAGCUGUUGUCAACUGUAGCACAGCCAUGAUGAAAACGGGCGCCACCAAGUUGGGGCUGCCCAAGGCGGGGCUCCAGGAGCGGGCAAAGCAGGCCUCUUCAGUCUCUUUUUCCUCCUUAAACAUGAGGACUUCCAGGUCAUCCAACACGCUGGCCUCGGAUCAGCGUCUCAGCAGGCUUAAACGAGCGAGCAGUGAUGAUGCUCUGACAAAGCCUGCGCUGGGAGCCGCUGCCUCCGGCUCACGCAUGAAGAAGACUGUGACCACGGGAGCCAUCUCAGAUUUUGCUGACGCCCGCCCCCGUAGUCUGUCUGGUUGUCAAGCGGCCAAGAAGUCUGGUAUCCCAACCCCUAGAGAAGUCCCAUCUUCCAUGACAAGGGACCACAUCUUCCCAAGGGACCAGUUGAGGAACUCUACCUCUAAGAGGAUUGUUUCUAGUGCUAGCACUUCCAGCCUCUCGACCCUGGCAAAACAAACGCGUAGUUUAACAAAGUGUCGUGGAGAUGCAGAGGGCCAGGAAAAGGGCCUCCUGGAAUGCCAGGUUAAAGAGUUGCUGGCUGAAGCCAAGGCUAAAGACCUGGAGAUCAGCAAUCUCCGCAUGGAGUUGCAACGCUGCAAAAGUAAAGCCGUCACUUCCCCAUUACCCUCACCUGUCUCUGUGUCACCCCAAGAUCUGUCGGCAGAUCAAGCUGAAAAGGAUGCAGAGGCUCUUGUACUAGUUGGAGAGCUGAGAGAAAAGAAUGCAAAGUUUCAAAGAGAGCUGGCGAACCUCAGGGAGGAGAACCAAGUGCUCAAGGGAAGGCUUCUGAGUUUUGAGACCUCACCACUGUUUAGCAGUCCUCCUAAACCUCUGCAGAACGGCCUGCCUUCAGAAUCUAACUCUUCUGGUCCAAAACUAGAUCAUCUCACAUCUUGCAGCCUUAUUAAACCAUCCGUCUCCUUCAACUCUGUGAAAGACUCACCUUCACCUGAUUUGUCAGAGUUUGAGAAGAUUCCACGUUCAGAAUCCAUAAGCAGCAGUGUCAGCGGUGAUGCCACUACAGGAAGGCAGGAUGUGUCCGUGCAAAGUCUAACAGAACAGAUUCAUAAGAUGGAGGAAAACCACCAUAGCACUGCUGAGGAGCUGCAAGCCACUCUGCACGAGCUGACUGACCAGCAGCAGGUGGUGCAGGAGCUGACUGCGGAGAAUGAACGUCUAGCUGACGAGAAGCGUGUCUUGCAAACCUCACUUCAGCAGCAAAGAGAACAUUUAGAGCUGCUGGCCCAGAAGAAUGAGACACUGGCGAGCCGACUUCAGGAGCAGGCCCACGCUCAGGCCCAGAGGGAGGAUGAGUUCAGGAGCGAAGGUCCUCGACUUGUUGAACUGGAGCUGAGGUACGCCGAGCUGGUUGAGAGCUCACGCUUCGAACGAGAGAAGCUGGUGAACAUUCAGCAGCAGCUAACAAGCGGCCUACGAGCUCUUGAGGAGGAGCACCAGGAGGCCCAGGGCCAGGUGCGUUGCUUCCGAGAAGAGAUGGACAGUCUGCACACCCAACUUAACAGGGAGCUAGAGGCCAGAGGUGAAGCUGCACAGUCUGCAGAAGAGCACAGGGCUACAGCAGAUUGUCUUCGACUGGAGAACAGCAGGCUGAAGGCACAACUGGACAUAGAGAGGCAAAAGAUAGCUCAAAGCCUAGCUGUGGGUGAAGUGAAGACCAUGCAGAAUGGCGGUGAUUGUACUGAGCUGCAGAACCUACUGAAGACCGCCCACGGUGAGAGAGACCGACUGAGGCAGGAACUGACGGAGCUGAAGAAGGAGCUGCUGCAAGCCCGAGCUGAGACUGAAGACGCACAAGCCAGCAUGUCCAAGGUGGAGGCCAAAGACCAGCAGGUCCAGGAGAGAGCCGAGAUAAGGGAACAGGAGCUCAGCAGUCGAGUGAGCGCUUUGGAGGAGGCGGGCUUCCAGGCGGACAAACAGGUGAAGGAGAUGAAGGAGACCAUCUUCGAACUGGAGGACCAGGUGGAGCAGCAGCGGGCCAUCAACCUUCACACCAAUCAAACUGUCCUGGACUUGGAGAAUCUUGUUAAAAAGCUACAGGUGCAGAAAGCGGACGCAGACCGAAAACUGAAAGUUUUUAGUCGACAGAUGGAGGAGGACAAAGAGGAGUGGCGUCGCUUCCAGGCUGAUCUCCAGACAGCAGUGGUAGUUGCCAACGACAUCAAGGUGGAGGCUCAACAGGAGCUGCGUACGCUCAGAAGGCAGCUGCAGGAGGAGCAGGCUCGCAGUGCCAAGAUUUCUGCUGACUUGGAGGCGCUACAAGGUGUCAGGCCUCAAGGUGAUGAUUUCAAAGUGUCAGAAUGUGACGCCCGCCGUCCGUGUUGCAGUGUGGUCCCGAGCCCACCUGUAGGUUCCAACGGUGAUGCCGACACGGACCCUGGAGCGACCGUCCAGUCCCUCCUUCAGUCACUUGAUACUGUUGGACAGAAUGGACCAGGCCACUCACUUCAAAUCCACAGCUCACCUGGAAGUCGGCCGAGCGGGAUACCUACGUUGCGCACAGCACCUGCCGCUGCCGUCUCGCCUGUCCAGAGGCACACUUGCAUUAAGCCCCCGUCCAGGUUGGUGGAGAAACCAACCAGUCAUGGAAACUUGGUUCAUCCUCUGCGUAUGCUUCCUGGCUGCGGGGAAGAUGUGAAGUCUACCAUCCUAAUGAGGAAGAGCCCGUCACUAGAGUCCAUAUUCAAAAGUCCUGCUUCCCUCAGAAAGCGCACGGCGUGGCUUAGCUGCCACCAGGCCAACAGCCAAGUCAGCGUGGAGAGAAAGGACCCCUUGGCUGCACUGGCGCAAGAGUACGGGGGAUCUAAGAGGAACGCACUACUCAAGUGGUGCCAGAAGAAAACACAAGGCUAUCCGAAUAUUGAUGUGACCAACUUCAGUAGCAGUUGGAGUGAUGGCUUGGCUUUCUGUGCCCUCCUGCAUACCUACCUGCCCGCCCACAUCCCAUACCAGGAACUCAUCAGUCAAGACAAGAUCUGCAAUCUGACUUUGGCUUUUCAGGCUGCUGAGAGUGUUGGCAUCAAAGCUUCCCUGCAGAACAUUGAGGAGCUGAUGAAGACAGACAGGCCCGACUGGCAGAGCGUCAUGCAGUACGUCUGUCGCAUCUACACGUACUUUGAGACGUGACCAAUGUUUGCU